CAGUGUGGGGAUGCUCUAGCCCGAGAACUGCCCCCACUGUCUUUCCACCUUCUCCUCCUCCUGCGGCGGCGGCAGUUAGCGGCGGCAACUUGAGGCUGCACCCCUGGCGAGCCCCGCAGGGUGCUGUUCAGCGGAGCCAGGGGCUCAGCGCCCCGAAGGGGUGUGUGUAGGGUGGGGGCGGCCAGCUGGGACCAGCUGGUGGCCCUGGGAAACCUCCCACACACCCACACCCACACACCCCUUUUGUGUUGCAGACUGCCCCUCCGGAGCAAAGGCGCAGAAGAAGGCGCGUGCCUCCCCUGAGCCCGCGCGGACGGCAGUGGGGACUGACACCCGGCACCACCUCCCGGUUCUUCCUCCAGGGAAAACAAAAAAUAUAUCUACCAACUAGCAGCAGUGGUGGCGUGAGGAGCCCCUGGACUGCAGCUUGAUGACCUAUCCCUUCCUUGACAGCUGCUUCAUUACUGAAAAGUGUGCUGAAACUGUCUGAUUAAGGGAUACAACACAAAUUCUGAAAGCAAGAAAAUAAAGAGCAAAAUACUCCAGAAUUCUCCAGAGAACUAUUCACCUGGACCUACGAUGGUGAGCGAGAGUCAUCACGAGGCCCUGGCAGCUCCGCCAGUCACCACAGUUACGCCUGCUCUAGUGAAUAAUGCCACUGAGCCGGCCAGUCCCGGGGAAGGAAAAGAGGAUGCGUUCUCUAAGCUGAAGGAGAAGUUUAUGAAUGAGUUGCAUAAAAUUCCAUUGCCACCGUGGGCCUUAAUUGCCAUAGCCAUAGUCGCCGUUCUCUUAGUCCUGACCUGCUGCUUCUGUAUCUGCAAGAAAUGUUUGUUCAAAAAGAAAAACAAGAAGAAGGGAAAGGAAAAGGGAGGGAAGAAUGCCAUCAACAUGAAAGAUGUGAAAGACUUAGGGAAGACAAUGAAAGAUCAGGCUCUUAAGGAUGAUGAUGUCGAAACUGGACUGACUGACGGAGAAGAAAAAGAAGAGCCCAAAGAAGAGGAGAAACUGGGAAAACUUCAAUAUUCACUGGAUUAUGAUUUCCAGAAUAACCAGCUGCUUGUGGGUAUCAUCCAGGCGGCCGAGCUGCCUGCCUUAGACAUGGGCGGCACCUCGGACCCCUACGUCAAAGUCUUCCUGCUGCCUGAUAAAAAGAAGAAAUUUGAGACGAAGGUUCACCGAAAGACCCUUAAUCCUGUCUUCAAUGAGCAAUUUACUUUCAAGGUGCCAUACUCGGAAUUGGGUGGCAAAACUCUGGUGAUGGCUGUGUAUGACUUUGACCGUUUCUCCAAGCAUGACAUCAUUGGGGAAUUUAAAGUCCCCAUGAACACCGUGGAUUUCGGCCAUGUAACCGAGGAAUGGCGCGAUCUGCAAAGUGCUGAGAAGGAAGAGCAAGAAAAAUUGGGAGAUAUCUGCUUCUCUCUUCGCUAUGUACCUACUGCCGGUAAACUGACCGUUGUCAUUCUGGAGGCGAAGAACCUGAAGAAGAUGGACGUGGGUGGCUUAUCUGAUCCUUAUGUGAAGAUUCAUUUGAUGCAGAAUGGAAAGAGGCUGAAGAAGAAGAAGACAACCAUUAAAAAGAACACACUUAACCCCUACUACAAUGAGUCAUUCAGCUUUGAAGUACCUUUUGAGCAAAUCCAGAAAGUGCAAGUGGUGGUAACUGUUUUGGACUAUGACAAGAUUGGCAAGAACGAUGCCAUCGGCAAGGUCUUUGUGGGCUACAACAGCACCGGUGCGGAGCUGCGACACUGGUCAGAUAUGCUGGCCAACCCCCGGCGACCCAUUGCCCAGUGGCACACCCUCCAGGUAGAGGAGGAGGUUGACGCCAUGCUGGCUGUCAAGAAGUAAAGGGAAGAAGAAGCCUUUCUGCAUUUGCCCACAUAGUGCUCUUUAGCCAGUAUCUGUAAAUACCUCAGUGAUAUUGGUCCUUUCAUUUCUUCCAGCCAUGCGUUCCUAACACAAUUCAGUGGUACUUCAGAUCCUGUUUUACUUUGCACAAAUUUAAAUGUAGAGAGUCCCUGAGCCCCCUUCAUCAUAUCACUGCCCUCAAAUCUACUCUUCUUUUAAGCAAUAUGAUGUGUAGAUAGAGCAUGACUGAAAUUAUUUAUUGUAUCACACCGUUGUAUAUACCACCAGUAUGCUAAAGAUUUAUUUCUAGUUUGUGUAUUUGUAUGUUGUAAGCGUUUCCUAAUCUGUGUAUAUCUAGAUGUUUUUAAUAAGAUGUUCUAUUUUAAACUAUGUAAAUUGACCGAGAUAUAGGAAAGCUGAUAAUAUAUUAUAUGGUAAAUAUCGUAUCGUCUGCAUUCCAGCAAAAAUAUCAACUUGUAAGGCACUAGCACAGUUAAACAGAUAUCUUAAAGGACAACUUAAACCUGAGCUUUCAAUUGAAUCAUUUGAGCACCAAAAUAUACUGACACCACAUAGUUGGUAUGUGAAUCCAAUUUUGUAGAAUUCUUUCCGAGGCAAAGUAGCACGAGCUGAGCAGCAUUCGGGCUGGCCUCAAGGAAGCAAAGCCACAAACCAGAACAGCAUCUGUCUGUACAUAUUUACAAGCUAAAACCAUGGCUUCUCUCUGACACUCGAGGAAGCAACUGAACUGGAGUCAGUGAUUUCAUGUUAUUGCAUCUAGACUAGCACGGUGAUGGCGUUUCUGGUGUGAAUGUGUAUGUGCGUGCAAGAGUAUGUGUGCACACUUGUACAUUUGUUUGGGGCUAGGGGUGGGAAGAAGCUGAGGGGAGAAGUCAGCAUUUCUGAGAUAUUGCCUAUUUAAAAAAGUAAAAAAGGACCUCUCCGUUAUCACCUUUAUAUAAAUUGUGCAGCCUGUGAAUUCUAUUUCAGAUUUCACACCGAGGAUAAUUCUUAAAGGUUUGCACAUUAGUCUUUAUAACAAAAUAUUUUAUUAUACAAAACCAGAUCAGAAGGAAUGCAGAAUAUUUUUAACACAGCAAUCUGUGCUUCUUACACAAAAUUACUUUGUGGUAAACAGUAUUGUAAUCCCAUCAAAAGAUGAAAAAAGAAUUAGCCAUAGUUCUGAAUGCACUUCAAUUAAGCCAAAACAGACAGCUAGUGAUCUUUUUAUAUGCUCUUUUUACUUAAAUAAGUUUUAAUUUGUCCUUUAAAAACAAAAGGUGAAACAAAACUAAGAACAAGUUCUAGAAAACUGAAGCAACCUCUUACAUAUACUAGAUGCUCGAUUUAGGAGGAGUUUUUAAAUGUUUUCAAUGUUAUUCUGUAGUAAAUGGCACUAUUAUGAAGCUACUAGUCAUUCCAUACAAGUCUUAAAGGACUGCUCUGUGUAACACUGUGAUGCCGUGUGUGCUUAGAAACCUAGUUUCCUCAGUGGAUAGCACUCAACUUAUUCCGUAGUGAUCUUGUAACAAUACUGCCAUUCCCUCUAAUGCACUGCCCAAGGUGUGUGUAGCACAAACAGUUCUCAUUACAAAGGACCAAUUCAGAACUGGGAAGCUAUGCAUAGGACAUGAAAGAUACAUAGAAUGGGGUAGAACACACAGCAUUUUGUCAAGCACUGUGCAAUAUUCCAUAUUUUUCCCCACUAGGGUAGGCAACCACUUUAUGGAAAGGCAGCCUAUUAUAUACCACACCACAUCUAGUCCUUUUUCCUCACUUGCUUCUGUGACCCUGUUUCACUCAGCAGCCACCCAGAGAGUAGUGACUCUCUGAAGGAAAGGUUUACCUUCACAAACACCAAAACAAGAUGGAGGAAAACUAAGCAUUGAUCUCAUGUUCAGACUUUAGGAUAUCACAACACAUUAAAAACAACAAUAAAUUAAAAACUCAAAAGAGAAUUUGUAAAGGGCUGACAGUAGGCUUCAGACAGGGGUUAACUGUUUCUUGUCAUUUCCCUUUCCUCCUCAAAGAAGAGGCAAACUCUUUGGUCUAUCAGUCUAGUUGUGGCAAACCCUUUUGAACUUGGACACAUCCACAGAACAAAAGGUGUGUGGGCAUCUCUUCUUCUUCUUUUUUUCCCCCAACAUAGAGAAUAAGAAACAUACAAUUCAUAGCGUGAGAUUAAAUAGUGGUUUUAACAGAACCAUUCCAACAAGACUCCAGUUUAAAUGCGCAAACCCUAUGAAACAGAGGGUGUUGAUUGACUUUUUAAAAUUUCUUGACUACCAGAAACUGAAAUCUAAUUUCAUUGUCUUCAGCUUUAAGUUCACACCAAACAACACUUUUAAUCAAGCGGGUUCAAGCUGCUGAGGACACAUCACUUCUUGCAUUAAAGCACUAUUAAUGCAUUCUCUUGCAACACUGCCAGACAUGGGAUUGUCACCAUAGAGUUAGUUGGUACUGUGGCAUCUUUCAUGAGUCAGUGACAACCUGCCGCAUGACCGAGACUCAUCCUCAGAUGAGCCCCAUAUACCUUUCUGACAAAGCUGUGUGAAGUAUCAGAACCGAUGCUCUAGAAGAUCCUAGUUGCCUUUGUGGAUAUUUACUGCCUGCUUGAGUGUUUCUUUGUGUGGGUUUUCCCUGUACCUUGUAGAAAUGUUGGGGUGUUUUCUUCUGCCAUAUGGCUCGUGGCCCGCGAGCCAACUACUUUAGCUGUAUUUUACCUUCAUUUUUGAUGAGGUGGUUUAAAUUUCGUUUCACUUUGUGUAGUGAAUUCCACAGUAGUUUUCUGAUUGUUGUUAAAAAUGACUUAACAUAUUACAUGGAUAUUCAAUAAAAAUGUUUUAUUUCCUGUUGA